AUGGCAAGAAAGCGAGGAAAAGUGGAGGAUGCAAAUUGUGGGAAUUUAAAGAGGGGGUGGCGUAUAGUGGGAAUGGUCAAUGAAGUGCGUCAGAGAGUGUGGCAGAAGGGAAUCUUUCAACAAUCGAUGCAUGCAUGGCUGCCUCUUUCUCGGACCCUACUCAUCAACGCGACAAGCCAAUGCUCUACCUUAAUUUCCGACCUCUGCAAUGAAAUAUACAUUCCAAUUGUUAUCUUCUGCCCCAUCACCUCACCUACAACCUCAACCACCCCAUAUUCACUUCUACAGAACAAGCAACGAGAAGAGUCAAUGAUUCAAAGAAAAAUGCCACCUGCACACCUGGAUAUCGGGUUUCAAACAAAUCUGGUGCCACUCACAUCACAGUGCUCACCAGCAAAUAGUCAACGAGGGCAAGCAUGGAAGCACCCUCUAACCCCUACAUCCUCCUCCUUCAUUGGGCGAUUAAAAUCCAAGGAUCACUUUGGCAAAGUAGGCAAAGGAAGUGAGGAGAUUCAGAAUGAGUUGGACGCAUCAUGGAAUUGA